AUGGCUGGUUCAUGCUGCCUUUCCUGUAAUGGACACUGGACGCACGUCCCCAUCGUCUCCAGGUGGCGGCGGGGUCGGCUCCGCGUUGGCGACCCGGGUGAGAGGAGCAGUAGGAAGGCUGGGUCAGGAACAUUUCUCAGUAAUGUGAAUCUGUGGCAGCUGCAGAAAACUCUUCAAGGCAGCAGGGACCAGGAUGCAGAGCAGCGGGCCCCGCUGGUCUGGGACCACGGGGAUGAGGGCUGAAUGGCCCAAGCACUCAUCGGACUGAAGGCCCGGAGUCACCGGAGAGUUCUAAGAAGUAAUGGGAGAGAUUCAUUGGGCUCUCACUGGCUACGAGCCUUCAACCAUCUCAGGAUCGAGGAGAGGUCCCUAAGCAGCCAUGGGACAGGUCCAGAGGACGACAGUGAUUCUGAGAUGGGAGCACAUGGCAGUCCAGAGCCACACCAGCGGACCUCUCCUGAGAAUACAGAAGACGGUGCAGAGGCUACAGCAGUCUUCACUGAGGACCAGGGUCUUGCAGGGACUGCUGAAAGAAAAGUUCGGGUCAGCUCAGGACUGAGGAGAGGAGGAGAGACCGACCCUGAGAGAUACCUUCACCGAGUGAUCCGCUGACAUAAAUUCAAGAAGGCUGACGUGUAUCAUCUUCUGAUGUCUUCACAUGUUGGACCAACUCUGCUUAGAAGAACAACAGCUGUCUACACCAGGUCUAGACAGAAGUGAUGACAUUCUGCAGGUUAUUGGACUAGAAUUGUUCCUCAGCUUUCAGCACUACACUGGAAUAGCAUUAUUACACUGUUAUAAGGCAGCGUCAGUCUCAGAGUGGCUGCUGCUGGUCUCACUGAAGGACACUACACUAAUGCUGCAUUCACAUGUGGAGUGUAGAAAAUUAGUCAUACCCAUUGUUAUAGCAGAAUUAUCGUCUGCAGAGAUGCAGUCAUUUAUCUGUGUUCAUGAGACAAUAAUUUGCAUAAUUCAAAGAUACAACAGAGUUUGGUUGUUUUGCACAAGGUUUUAUUAAAACAGCAAGCUGUAGCUCUGAUAGUUGCUUAAAAAGUAAUAUUUUAGUGCACUACAGCUUAAUUUUUAAAAUUAUUUUUUGUAAUAUCACACAAUUUAUUGCAGUUUAGCUGACAUUUAAAUUGUCCGUCUCCUCGUCAUUCCCCGUUGCUAAAGAUAAAACAACAUCCGGUUUGUCCAUGUUGCUACAACAUGUGAAAAAGCUGAACAUUUAUAAGAUUUGGUGCCAAAUGCCGUUGGGGUGUGCGGUUGCCAUGCUUAUGGUCAGUGGUGGCGGAAUUUUCCAUUGUGCUCUUUUUAAUACAAUAGAAGGCCCAGUUUACCGUCUGCUUACAGGCAACGUGAAUACAGCAUAACCGUGUGUGUGUGUGUGUGUGUGUGUGUGUGUUGUCAAAUGUUGGCAGAAUGACUGGGAUAUGGACAGCGAUGCCGAUCUUAAAACUACAUCGAUGUAAUGACGUAAACAAACUGUAGCAAAUUGUCACUCAAUAAUAAAUCAAUAACUGAAAUCAUUAAUAGUAACCCUUUCUGGGUUACUAUUAAUGAUUAAUCAUCAAGUAUGAGUGCAUCGUUAUUAUAUUUUCAUUCGAUGUUUGAAAUGUUAUAAAAUCAUUAAAUCACAUCACAGUUUAGUCUAAGGACUUUUCCAAAAUGAUUCCUUUAAAUGUAAUCACUUUAAAACCAUUGUAAACCAAUUUUCAUUGAUUUUGUUCAGUUUAAACAGUUCACAAUUCACUAAUAUCUGUAAAAAAAAAACCCCAAAAAAAACUUAAAUUUAAGGGACGUAUGGCUGUCCUUAGUAUAACAUAGUUUAAAAUAGUUUUUCAAAAAAAUCAGAAGAAUUUUUUUUUUAAUUAUCACAUAUAGAGCAUUUUAAAACCAGAUAAAAGUUAGCUAAUAUUUGGUUUAAAGCAGUCUGUCCUUUGUGUACAACACUUGAAAUUGAGCCACUCUGUGGUUAUCUGAAAACAGAGCAAGUUCUCAUUUUAAAGUUAUGAAGUCACAUUUUGACAUUUAUCCUUUGGAAUGUUAAACUAUACAAUUAAAAACUAUAUGUUUCAGCAUUAACAAACAUAAUGGAGAGUUGUGGGUAUAAUUCAUUGUACUCACAUGCUGCGGCUUGACCACUAAACAUACUUGAAAAGAUGUCUGUAAUAAUAUGCACUAAGAUAUGUCAGUAUUGUUUUUCCCAUUUCAUGCAAAGUACAUGAAUUGGC